CGGUUAUACAGUGGGAUGUCAACAUAAACUGGCCAACACCGUCUACCAAACCAGACGUCACUCCACCCUCGUUUUGAAGGACAAAAUGUGUAUUUCUAUUUUUUUCCUUCCUUCCCUCCCUCCCUUUCCAUGUUCUCCACUUCUCCCUCGCAGGCCACAAGUGUUUGAUUCGCUGUCUGGCCGUGCAUAUUAAUGAGAAGAGGACAGCGGGCUGCUUUUUAAAAGAGCUGCUGGCUGCCUCUCCACAGCAAGCGAGAGAGAGAGAGAGACCUAAACGACUGAUUGGAGGUUCAUCCAAGCGCUCAGGACGCACAGAGUUGCACAAUCAGCGCUAGACUCAAAGAGACUCCAAAAACAGAAAACCCUCAGCGGCUCCUUCAGUUUUGCCAUCCAAACAGUCACUGCAAGUGGAUUUUAUUUGCACCUCGAAAGACUUGUGUUGAUUUUUUUCCCCAGUGUGUUUUCGAGAGCUUGGAUUUUUAGGAGCUGGUUUUAGAGAACUUUUUUAUUUUUAUUUGUGAAGACAUGCAUCGGUGCACAGCGGUGCUACUUUUGUUAGUGGUGGCCUUAUACGUCCUGAGCACAGAAGCCUACAAGUGCAGGUGCACCAGAAAAGGGCCAAAGAUCCGAUACAAGGAUGUGCAGAAGCUGGAGAUCAAACCCAAACACCCGUUCUGCCAGGAGAAGAUGAUAUUUGUGACGAUGGAAAACGUGGCUCGGUUCAAGGGGCAGGAGUAUUGUCUCCAUCCUAAACUUCAGAGCACCAAGAAUCUGGUCAAAUGGUUCCGUAUCUGGAAGGACAAGCACAGGGUGUAUGAAGCCUAAAACUUUGGCUACCCAGCACACGUGGAUCAAGCGAGACAAAAAAAA